UAUAAUUCUUUGAAUCAACGCCAUGGAAAAGCAAAUCAAGAUUGUGUUAACAUGUGUAAUAACAUUGCUGGUAAUCAUACUGUCAGUGAACGGAGAUGAAUAUUGCUGUCCGUAUUACACGUCAUAUGGCAGUUACAGAAGCUCUUUCUACUGUUCCCAGUACUGCUGCGGGACAUCUACUCGUAAAUACUGCUGUGACUCGUUCUAUGACAGUUACUACCCGAGUUAUUCCUAUAGUUGGUUAUGUCCCACUGCCACCAGUCCAACCACAGCAUCAGGAGAAUAUUGCUGCGCAUAUUACAACUCAAAUGGCACUUACAUCAGGUCGUUCUACUGUUCCGAUUACUGCUGUGGAACAUCUACUGAUAAAUACUGCUGUUCCUCUUCAUACUAUAGAUACUAUAAGAGCUAUUCCUCUCUUUCCACAUGUUCCGUCACUGCGAGCAGUCCAAGUGCCCCAGAUAUGUACGUAUUCCAAAGUAUGGUGUUCACAGUGUAAACACGUCUUUGUGUGUAAGAAUGUGGAUUACCGUUUAUGUGCGUUU